CUUGAAGUGGGGGAUGGAGUGGAGUAGAAGGGGGAGAGGUGAGACUGUGAUCUGGGGCUAGCAGCCACUGGGGCUUAAAGGCAGCCAGGAGUAAGGCUGCUCAGCUAGAGGAAGGCAACAGCUCCCAAGCCUCCAAGCAAAGGCUCCACAGACAUGGAGCAGAAAGAAGAGAAGCCCUGUGAGGAUGAGGCCAUUGUCCCCCCAACAGCAGAGGACCCUGGGACACCAGGAAGUGGAGCCUCUGCAGAGGAGGAGACCAAAGGCACAGAUGGGAUGAUGGUAAAAGAGAGGUCUCCAGAUGCAGCAGAAAAGCAGGAGAAAGCACCAGCAGAAGAUGACACUUCAGCAGAAUUCCAGGGAGAAGCAAAUGGGUUAGAUGAGGUCAAGGUGGAAUCCCAGAGGGAGGCUGGUGAGAAAGAGGAAGGCAACACUGAACUUGUAAAGGAAGAUGGUAGAAAGGAAGAGAAUACAGCGGCUUCUCAGGAGAUGACUGGCAAGAAAGAAGAGACCAGACCUGAACCCAAGGAGGCUGAGGAAAAAGAAGAAGCUGUGCUGACCUCAGAGAAGCAGAAGAAGGCUGACGAGAAAGAGGUCAAACCUGAAUCUAGGGAGAAACCCAAUGUGAAUGACAAAGACAAGCCUGAACCUAAGGAGGCUGUUGCAGAGGAGGCUGAGAACAAAGAGGCCAAAACUGACUCUCAGAAGAAGGCUGAUGAGAAAGAUGAGGCCAAGGCUGAACUUCAGGAGGCUGAUGGGAAAGAGAAGGCCAAAAGUGAUGCAAAGGAAUUGGUGGAGCCAGAGAGUCCCACAAAAGAGAAGAACCAGGACCCAGAGAAAGAGCCAGAGGAAGGGGCAGCAGUAAUUCCCAGCUCCCCAGAGGAGUGGUCUGAGAGCCCCACAGAGGAGGGCCACAGCUCCAGCCCAGAUGGGUUGGGUCCAGACUCCACAGCUUUGGGAGAGACCAGUCCUUCAGCCAGUGAGUCUUCACCCAGCGAUGUGCCCCAGAGUCCCACAGAGUCCCCUCCCUCCGAAGAGAAGAAGAAAGAGAGAGCACCAGAGCGGAGAGUGUCAGCCCCAGCAAGGCCCAGGGGGCCUCAUGCACAGAAUCGCAAAGCCAUUGUGGAUAAGUUUGGCGGGGCAGCCUCAGGCCCCACUGCCCUGUUCCGGAACACUAAGGCAGCAGGGGCAGCCAUUGGUGGGGUGAAGAACAUGCUGUUGGAAUGGUGCCGGGCCAUGACAAGAAGCUACGAGCAUGUGGACAUCCAGAACUUCUCCUCCAGCUGGAGUAGCGGCAUGGCCUUCUGCGCCCUCAUCCAUAAAUUCUUCCCUGAUGCCUUUGACUAUGCAGAAUUGGACCCCACAAAGCGCAGGCACAACUUCACCCUGGCCUUCUCCACUGCAGAGAAACUGGCAGAUUGUGCCCAGCUGUUGGAGGUGGAUGACAUGGUACGACUAGCAGUACCCGACUCCAAGUGUGUCUACACCUACAUCCAGGAGCUGUACCGCAGCCUUGUGCAGAAAGGGCUGGUGAAGACCAAGAAGAAAUGAGCUGACUGGCCUUGUGGGUGGAGGUGGACAGAAGCUCAACUAAUAGCCGUGCCUGUGAGGCUCACUCGUGCUCCACAGAGCAGCAGAGCCAGGGUGCCAGCAGGGGCAGGUGGUAUCAGUCUCUAUGGCAUU